AGAAGGGGGGUUCACUCCAGUUCAGCAUGUCAGGCCUCGGACCCAAGACAGAGGACUUCAGAAUAACUGAGAUGGGGGAGAUGGAGACAGACGCGAGCAGCACGCACAACAAGAGCGGCGUCUUCGAGCGCUACGUGCAGCCGUGCGUGGCCGAGAUGUUCGGGACCACCGCGUUCGUGUUCGUCGGCUGCGCGUCUGUCAUGGGGAGCCUGGGGACGUCCGGCGUCCUCCAGCCGGCCGUGGCACACGGACUGACGCUGGGGGUGAUGAUCGCACUGUUUGGACAAAUCAGCGGGGGCCACUUUAACCCGGUGGUGUCCCUGAGCGCCUACCUGUGUGGAGGGAUGGAGCUCGUCCUGCUGCUGCCUUACAUCGUGGCUCAGGUGUUGGGAGGGAUGGUUGGUGCUGGUUUGGUCAGGGCUGUAUUCCCCUCUGUUCUGUAUGAUGCCACAACCGGAGGAGCCUUCACGGUUGUCUCCAGUGAUCUGGCUCUAAUCACGCUGACGGAGGCGAUCCUCACCACCUUCCUCACCAUGGCGGUGUGCUUGGGCGCCGUCAACAGACAAACCCGCUCCCCGCUGGCCCCUUUCUGCAUCGGCCUCACCGUGAUGGCCAACAUAUUUGCCGGAGGGACGCUGUCUGGAGCCUGUAUGAACCCAGCCCGAGCCUUUGGCCCUGCAGUGGUUGCCAACUACUGGAACCAUCACUGGAUCUUCUGGGUUGGACCCAUCUGUGGUGCACUGGCCACCGUCAGCCUUGUCAGGCUUGCGUUUGGCGACAAGAAGACGCGAAUUUUGUUCAAGUGAACAUCUACUUUAUUAACGAGGAAGAGAGAGGGGACAUCCCCACUGAUCUGAGGACAGUUUUUCCAUUCGGAUGUUUAGACAUUACUCACCAAUUAGACUGUAAAACUUAAAAAUGUGUACAAAUAUACUGUAUAUGUCCCUGAACCAGCUAUUAUCGCUGACUCCUUCUAAAUGACAUGUUUGUAUUUCAAGAUUCAAUAAAGUGUUUAAUGAUAUGAUAGGGAUCUGAUAGCUACGCCUAACUUGGACUUUACAUGCUCGAUUAUGUCUGGAGACAUGUCAUAAUAAAUUCCAUACAUACAAUUUCAUAUGCAGGAUCACACUUUCUGUUAUCCAUUGACAGUCUUUUAUGCUCAUCAUUUGGGUCAAAGUACUGAAUGGAAAACUGUGCUUUGAUAGCUCUAUUACGCAUAAUAUGGUACAAGGACAAGCCUCUGCACUAUACAAUAAAGCUGGAUUAGAAUCAUAAACUGGCGCCCUUAGAUCAGCGGAACGAUAGCAACAAGCUAGAGUGAAAAAGCUUUAUAAGGACAGAUACAUGGAUGAUAAAAAAAAAUGGAUGAUGAUGGUUGGAUUAUGGAUGAAAAGGGAUCAUCAGCACUGUGCACCCAUGCCAACGCAUGCAUUCAUUGUGCAGGUGCAAGAGUGUCGCAAUCACAUGUAGAAGCUACAUAUGACAUAACAGACGCCUGAUAAAAAGCAUGCAGUGACGGAAAGAGCAAUCAAAUACUGCAAUAUAUGAAUAUGAGUAUGAAUGAAGCACAGUCCGUAUCAUUUCAAACUUGUAUUUCAAAGCUCAUCAUAAUUGUCUGUAAAUAAAUUUUAGAUUAGAUUUUUUUUUUAUCAUUCCUGUGUAAUUUAAUGAUGUGUUAUUACUUCUUUGGCUCUGUUUUUAUUCUUAUUCUUGUGUGUUGUGUUUGUGGAGCAAACACCAAGACAUAUUCUUUGUAUGGCUGCAUUGUUUGGCUAAUAAAAUGGUUUCUGAUUCAGA